AUGUAAUGGAUUCGCCACAAGAAAAGCUUUUAUUUUGAAACAACGCACGGGAAAUCGGAAGGGAAAAUCAGCUGGAAUCCACGGAAAUCCUCGACGGGACUAUAUUUCUUUACUUAGCUAGCGAUUUAUUUGCCAGCUGCCGUCCUUCGCUGCCAUCGGCUUGCUGUCCAACCGCCGCCCUGGCGAUGUCGGAGUCUUACGAUUUCCUCUUUAAAUUCCUGGUGAUUGGGAAUGCUGGGACAGGCAAAUCCUGCCUGCUGCACCAGUUCAUAGAGAAGAGAUUUAAGGAUGAAUCCAACCACACUAUUGGUGUGGAGUUUGGUUCAAAGAUCAUCAGUGUCGUCAACAAAACGGUCAAGCUGCAGAUCUGGGACACGGCGGGACAAGAACGCUUCAGGUCUGUGACCAGAAGUUACUACAGAGGAGCCGCAGGAGCGCUGCUCGUCUACGACAUCACCAGUCGGGAAACGUACAACGCUUUGACCACGUGGCUGAGCGACGCCAGGAUGCUGGCCAGUCAAAACAUCGUCAUCAUCCUCUGCGGGAACAAGAAGGACCUGGACGCCGACAGAGAGGUCACGUUCCUGGAGGCGUCGCGGUUCGCUCAGGAAAACGAGCUGAUGUUCCUGGAGACCAGCGCACUAACGGGGGAGAACGUGGAAGAGGCCUUCGUCCAGUGCGCUCGGAAAAUCCUCAACAAGAUCGAGUCCGGGGAGUUGGAUCCGGAGCGGAUGGGUUCGGGCAUCCAGUACGGCGACGCGGCGUUGCGACAGCUGCGCUCCCCGCGCCGCGCUCAGCCGCAGGGCUCCCAGGACUGUGGCUGCUAGUGGACUUCGUGCAAUUCACUACAUGAAGGUUUAUAAAGACCAGAAGAAGAAGAGCCAUGGAGGACCUAACAGUGUUGGGUUCAGGUUGCUGGCUGGUGACCCCUCCCAUGACCUUUGCACGGACCCUUCAGAGUCUUUAUUUUCAUUUCUGCAUGUGCAGAGAGCUGAGAAGUCCUUCUGGCCCCUCUCACCUCCCUCAGAUCGACCAUCUUCCCAGCAGUCCGCUGCUUUACUGGACCAAAAUGGCCCCCACCAUCCCCGCCAAGGAUGCUAAACGUCUGCAUGUCUCUCUCCUCUCGGUCACACUGUGUUCCCUCCGACGCAGUCUGGACUCCACCUUUACUCCAUUAUUGACUAAACAGGAUUUGACUGGUAAUUUGUUAGUAAAAUAUGUUGCCGUUUUGCUCCAGCUUGGAUGAAUUAAUGCAAACCAGACGACUUUAUCUUCGACUCUUUGGCAUGGAAACCAAACUGUUCUCUCUUUGUUUCCCUCUCUGGUUUAAACACUCUACUAAACGUUGCCCUCAUUAAAGCUAACACUCCCUCCCUUCCUGCUGCCUUUCUCGCAUUAAAUUCCCUGAUUUCGCUUUUUUCGCUGUACAGAGUUUCUGUAAAUAGAGACCGACGCAUGCUUUCCCAGACGGAGUAUUUUAUUAUAGCUGAUAUUCCAUCUGUAUUGCAUUAGAAAUCAUAUUCAGCAUCAUUUUCAUGCUCCACUGUAUAUUUAAAAACACUGACUCCUCGUGCUCCGCGUGUGAAGGACAGGUCACCAUUUUAACGGUUGUGUAACACGUUUGUCCUGCAGCCAGUGAAGUGGCACUAAUUGUUGUUUGUUUACAUGAAAACCUGACUGAUGCUGACCAAUCACAGCUGCAGUCCGAAUCUUAUCUGUUGUGUGCUUUAUUUAUUUCAAUCUUUUAAGACUAACAUGUCACUUUGCUUUAGUUAUCCUCUUCCUAAGUAGCUUAAUUAAAGCCAUAAUAAGCGACAGAACUAAACUUUUCCAUCACGGUUCAAACUAAAGCAGCCUUUCGGGAUUUACUCUGAAAUACGACGGCGGCUUUCGCCGUUUCACAUCUGGAUGUGGUCAUUUUGUUUGUUUUUGUCAUCAGAUUCUCUCGUUUCCAUGUAUGUCUGUUUUGUCAUGAAUAUCACAGAUUUUUAAUUUAUUGUUUAUGAUAAUUGGCAUAUGUUUUUGAAAUAAAACAAAUAGCAAAUACA